GAUACCUCAUUUAACCUGCGCAGUGACUUAUGCGCAGUGGAAGUUUCAAAAUGGCGUCAGGUUCAAAAAGAAAAAGUGGGAAAGUGGAGAAAACUUCACUUUUCGAGUGUACAUGUCCAGUAUGUAUGUAUAUUUUAAUAGAACCAGUGACUAUGCCAUGUAAUCACGAGCUAUGCAUGCCGUGCUUCAAGAAGAACGUACAAGAAACGAGUCUACUGUGUCCAAUUUGUCGAACUCGGAUAGCGACUUGGUCGCGGAGGGCCUCCAAAACAAACUCUCUUAUCGACUACAACAGAUGGAAACAGAUUCAAGAACUCUUCCCUACGAGAGUACGGAAUAGAAUAGAAGGCAGGGAUGACAGUGACUCCAGUGAUGAAGAAAGUGUCACUCCAGUGUUUCAUACAGUGGCAGAGCCUGGUGAAGUCAGGAGAGAGUACGAACUUGAACUGAAAAAGCUUCAAGCGCAACAGGAAAUUGAACGUCAAAAAGAGGCUGAAGAGAGUGAAGCUCUGAUUCGUCAGUUACAAGAGGAAGAAGAGAGGUUGGAGGAAGAACGUCGUAGAGCGUUGGAUCGUCUACAACUCAGUGAUGAACUGCUUGCCAAGGAAUUAAGCAGCAAAUAUUCAGAGCCUAAAGUUCCACUCAGGGGUGAAAGAUCAAGUUCAAGGUUAGGGGUCACAACAAGGUCAAGGUCAAAGGGCUUGCAGUCACCGAACCCACAAGGUUGGUUAUAUGACAACAUAAGUCCAACAAGUCGUGUUAGUUCAAAUACAACCCACAAAAACAACCCUGUGAUGGAUAAAUUUCUCGCCAAUGCUAGAUCUCGAUCCCAAUCUAAAACUGAUCUUGAAUCCCUGUCUAAUAGGCAAUCUGGAUCUGGCCUAGGGAUUGAAUCCCACUCUGAUCUUGAUCCCUAUAAUUAUACCUGUAUAAGCCCAAGUGAGAAAGAAUCAAAAAAACUACAAGGAUUAUUGAAUGAUACGCGGUUACUCGACAGCAACAAGGAUAUGGAAUUUUCUAACCUUUUAGAAGACUCAACUUCUGACCCUGUGAUUCCCCUCAUCUACCUUAGUAGUACCAACACUACGCCGGAGCUCCAAUAUAAAAAGAGACUUAAGGGGGAACCAGCGAGCAGCAGUAAUGGGUCGAGCGUGACUGUAGAAAAAAUUCCUACUCCGACUUUUGGUUUUAAGACACCUUCGAGUGAAAGUGAAAUUUUGUUGAGGGAAAUGUCGCAAUCUGGCACAAGUACACCAUUGUCUGCCGUGACAUCAUCAAAGAAGCUCCAGGAUGUAACUACACGACCCAGUAGCGUUGAAAGUGGGGAUAGCAUAUCUGGUGAAAUGUCUCAUUUUAAACCAAUCAAAUCAUGUCCAUUAACUCCGCCGAAAUGUUUGCCGAGUGGGAAAAUAUUGCGAUCACCAGUUAUUCGAAGUACACCUCGGAAUUUGAGUAGACCUGAUUUUCAAUCAUCGGGAUUAACCCGUACUUUCCCACUUGGCAGCCCUGCAGUCCAGAGAAGAAUUCAGUUAUUGGCUGAGGAGCGUAAAGGGUUAAUUCACUCCCUUUCAAAGUCCACAUAUACUGAAUUAAACCAGAUAAAAACUGAGCAUAGCUAUUCGAGUCCAAAGCGUAGACUGGAAGAUUCUAAUCUUGAAGAAGCAAAGCCGAAUGUUGAAGCAAUAUCCAAGAAACUAAAAUUUGAAAAAGUCAUUGAGGAAAAGGAUUACAUUUUACCAUUGGAGCCAAAAUUGGAUGAAAUUGAUGGAUCACAGCCUGAAGGUGUACGUCCACUCCAGGAGAGCACCAUGAGCCACCACAAAGAUAAUGUAGUUCCUCAAGUGAACAUAAAACGUGAAACUCCUGUUGGAAUGUCAAGUCAGCCUUCGACAUCUGCAAGAUCACCUGGGCGAGUGUACAGGAUGACAAAAUCAACCAAAAAUCGCAAUUCAUCAAAACCUUGUCAAAAUGGCACUGCAAAAAACACCAGCACAAUAACCAAUUAUUUUAGAAAGGACACAAAAGUCGGAAUUGAGCUUCUUCCGAAUGUCACAACGACCCCGUUAACACCUAGGACAUUGGAAAAGAGAAUCGAACAAGUUAGAAAGGGUGUAACUGUAAAAACUGAACCAACUUCCACAGAUGUAAAUAAUAUUAAAGUGGAAAUCAAAUCUGAACAUUUUGAGCCUGAAAAUGUAGAGAUGUCAAUGAUUACAAAAAUUAAAACCGAGGAUACCAGAGAUGUACAUAAAACUGUAGAGAAUGUAUUGCCAAAUAAGGAGAAAAGUCCUUCUACUCCUAAAACUGUGAAAAAACAUAAUGAACUAGUUAGUGGUAUACAUGAUAAAACAAGAUCUGAUUUAAACUCAUUGGCAGACAAUGUCAAACAUGAAAUUAAAUCUGAAACUGCAAGUAUGCAGAAUAUGGAUAUUAACACUGAUUCCGAAAGUGAUAAAAACUGUGCCAAUAGAAAGGAAUUAAGGAAGGAAAAGGAACCAAGGUCACCUCAACGAAAUCAACGAAGAAAAAUAAAGGAGGAAGUGAAAACUGAGGUGAAUGUUGAAGAUGUACAAAAUAAUGUAAAAAAUAAACCCGAUGGAGCUAAAAAACAGGCACCUGAGAAAUUACCUUCCCCAAAGAAGAAUACAAAUACUCCAAAAUCAAAAAGCAUCAAGGACAGCAAUAUCGAAUAUACACCUGAUCAAACGAGAGGAAAAAUUCUUAUUUGUGAGAAAUAUGCAAACAUUACACCUCAAACGCCUAAAAUGGGAGCCAAAAGACAGACUGUGUUAAAGAAGCAAACACAACAAAAGUUAAUCAAAAUAGAACUGAAAAAUAAUUCUCAGGACAACAGUCAAAAGGAUUCCAAGAAUUUACGUAGCAAGAUAUCUCCAAAUCGGAGACAAACUCGGAGCGGGCGGAUUGUAAAAUCGAAUAAAAAACUUAAACAUGAUCCAAAACAACCAAAAAUAUUCUCGAAAAGAAACCAAGUAGAAAAUAACAAUUCAAUAAAGGACGAAUCAAAUUUGCCCCUUGAUUCCCCUGAAAAGUUUAUUCAUGAUUUCAAAAACGACGAUGAUUAUUGGAAAUAUGUUGAAGAACGCGAUCGACUAAUUGCAAUAAAGCUUCAACAAGAUUAUGAACUAGAAGCAAAACUAAAUCUGACUAGUAUUCGUACUAAGGGGUCUUCGGAUGAAUAUAAACUACGGACAAGGAGGUCUAAAAGAAUUCAACAUUGAAUAUGAAUUUUAAUUUUCCUUUCCAAAUAUUUCAAGGUUGGCUAGUCAAAAAUUUCCAGAAUUACUUUGAAAUAAUUUGAAGGGAAAUUUUAGUAAAGUUAUAUAAAAAUACUCAGCUGAAACUAAGUUGGCUGUACUAGGGAUGGCAUUCAAUUGUAACUUUUGAGAAUGCCCCUCAUUUACCCUGAUGUACCAAAAAUGUGUCUUUCACUUGAAUAUAAUAUUAAAAAAAUAUCAACAAUCUGCAACAAAAUUGACAUUCACCCACUCCCCCUUAUUAAAUGAAGAUUCUCUCACAAUUGUUAAGAAUUGGACACCAUCCCUUUACUAAAUGUGUUUGACUGUACUGUUAAAGGCUUCCAUUAUAAGUAAGGGGGAGGGGGGUAGUAGUAAACUGAUAUUGACAUGACAACUUACUGUUAUAUUGCAUAUUGAUAAUGACAUCUAUGCAAUGAUAUUUCAUAAAUAUUAUAGUAACGCAAAUUGUCAUUUUAAAAAGGCAUGUGUAUAAAACAUUUGUAUGUUAGUGCUUUGUUGUAAUGAAGUUUAAAGGAGUGUUAUUCUUACAUUGUUAAAUGUUACAUCGUUAUUGCAGUAUUGUGCCUCACUGAGUAAAAUGAUAUAAUCAUUUUAGCCAUGAGUGUUGGGCAGAUAUAAAGAUGGCAGCACCAGCAGAAUCCAAUAUUAUAUUUCUCUAAAUCAGCAUAGAUUGAUUACCAAUUUACCAUGCCAUUUUUUUGUUAAAAAUAAUUACAAUCCACCUCAGGCUGUCCUUUUAGCAUUAGCUUUGUACACUCCCUUCAAAAUUUGGCAAUACUUCUCUAUUGGACCACAUGUUACAUUCAUUAGGGUUGUCAAACUUUUGGAGGGAGUGUACCCCUUUCUUAUCUCAAAAGCUAUAAAUGUACCCAGACCAAGACAUGAAAGAAUGUACAUUUAUGUCAAUUCAGUGCCAUAUUGAACAAGUAUAAGAUGAGAUGUAGUAUGAGGUGGGGUCUGUUUGGGGUUCUUUACUCUUUGUAUGCACGAAUGCAACUAACACCUGUUGGCUACUGGAUUAACCUAGUAUUUUAUGACCAACUCAUUAAAUAUUAAUGGAAUAGUGGCAGGUACUAUUCAUAUU